AUGUGGGCGCCCUCGGCUCGGCUGAUCCUCGGCGUCGCAGGAGGGUGGGCGUGCGGCCGCAUUCCCAGGUGCUCCCGACGACAUUCCUGCGGGCGGGCGGGAGGCUGGGCGGCCGCCCAAGGAAGUCCUCGGGACAAUCAAUAUGUUGGAGUUAAGAAAAGCAUGUUUAAAGGGGGCAAAAUCAACAUCAAAGUCCGGUGUAAGCCAACCAACAACCCGCUGGAUAUUGAAAUCACAUGGAUGUUGCGGAAGACACCUUGCUGGAAUGAGUAUGUCAUACCAGAGUUCACCCUCCAGAAUUACAGUGCAAGGUCAGUACCAGCCUCCAGCCCACCCAAGGAUGGAAAGACGCAUUGCUACAGAACUAUUCAAUCAUCCGGCCAGUUUAUUCAGGACUCUAAAGAGGAAACCAGCAUGAAGUCGACUGGAAAAGAAAUUUUUUUACAAAAUCAGAUGCUGAUGCUGAAGAGCUCACUAGAGGCCGCUAAGGCAGGGUUGGGGGAUACUCUAACAACAACAAAGGCUACUCCGGUUGUGAAGUUCCAAGUAGUUCUAAAGGUCAGCAUUACCCAUAUUGAAAAGUAUCAUAGAAUAGGAACUUUCCACACUACUCUUAGUGUAUUCACUUGGUACCUCCUUUACCCCAAAGGUCUUUCGGAGAGCGACAUUAGUGCUGGCGGAGCGGCCCAGACCAAGCACCCGGUGGCUAUCCUGCCCUUUGACGGGGUCUACCUCUUGGUAGUCCACACGGAAGUUGUUCCUGAAACUGUGAUUGGCAAUGAUUCAUACAUCGCUGAGAUUGAUAUUGAGAUGAGGAGUGACUAUGGUUACCUCUCAGCUGUAGAUUGGCCGUUGCUUGGCUUCUAUGCAGCCAUGUGUGUUGUUUACCUCAUCUAUGGUUUGGCUUGGCUCAUUGUGUCCUUCAUGCACUGGAGGGAACUGCUCCGAGUGCAGUACUGGAUUGGAACAGUCAUCUUGCUUGGUAUGCUGGAAAAGGCAGUGUUCACAGCUGAAUACAGCAGCAUCAAUCAGAAUGGGUACAGUGUCCCAGGCCUCAUCAUUUUGGCAGAGUUAGCUUCCUGCGCCAAGCGAACUCUUGCCCGGAUGCUAGUCAUUAUCGUGUCUCUUGGAUUUGGGAUUGUCAAACCGCGCUUAGGUGUGAUUCUGCAUCGUGUUGUUGGUGUUGGUCUUCUCUACUUUGUCCUUUCAAGUAUUGAAGGAUGUACAAGAGCACUACAGUCUAGAAGUGACCCUCAGAAACAGGUCCUUCUAGCUUCCUUGCCUCUGUCCCUUCUGGAGUCAGCCAUCUGCCUCUGGAUUUUCACUGGACUUGUGCAGACCACUCGCAUCCUUCGCUUGAGACGCAACCUGGUUAAGCUCUCCCUCUACCGGCACUUCACCAACACUCUUGCAUUUGCUGUCAUAGCCUCGGUUAUCUUCAUGUUGUGGUCUAUCAGGUACCACCAGUUCGAAAAAUGUCUCACUGACUGGAAGGAGCUCUGGGUGGAUGAUGCUUAUUGGCAUGUCCUCUUUGCUGUGGUCCUCCUGGUGAUUAUGAUCCUCUGGCGGCCAUCCAACAACAACCAACGCUUUGCCUUCUCACCCUUAUUAGACGAUGGAUCAGAUGCCGAUGAUGAAGAGGAAGCUGAGAAACUGAUGGCUGAUGUUUCUGAUACAAUGAAAUUCCGAAAUACACGUAAUUCGACCUCAUCAUCACCUCGGGAAUCGCGCUCUGUGGAAGAUGAUUUGAAGUGGGUCGAGGAAAAUAUCCCAUCAUCAAUUGCUGAUAGUGCUCUUCCCAUUCUGGACUCAGAUGAGGAAAUUGUUACCUCAAAGUUUGAAAUUUCAAAGAUGCAGUGAGGUCUCUGCAGAAACUUCUGUGACAUUACAGGUCCAUUCCAUUACCCAGUGGCACUGAUGCUGUUGGGACCCAUUACAUAUUCUGUCUCCAAAGUAUAGGAACAAAUGGUUCUCUCCCCAUUGCCCACCUUAUUUCCUCUCUUGACUUGUAAGUUAUUGAAAGACAGAUUGUGCCUAGGUUAAGCCUUAGAGUGUGAAUGGAAUCGUCUGAGAGAGUUAGUGAAUUAUGGAAUUACUGUAAAGUUCUCCUUAUCAUGUAAUGCAUGUUUUCAUCAGCAUCUGAUUUAGUCAUUGUGUUUGAAGGCUUUUCUCUGCUCUUGCAUAUUUAACCCAAUGACGCCGGGUGUACUAAAGGAAAAUAAAACUCUACGCUCUGGCAAACAAAGGCAGCGCGCCGACUUUGAGCGCCGGAGUACGGGGCGUCAGCCCGAAUCACUGGCUCGCCGCGCUUUGGCGCGCCGCCGGCUGGUUUGGCCGCACGCCACCUUUGAAGCGAUUUGUUUACACGCGUAUCGCCGUCACCCGGCGGCAAGGGGUUAAGAGGAGCAAGUUUAUCACAUAUUCCAGAAGCUAAUGUGUGACAUGUUGCCUCAAAAGCCUGGUGGUGUAAAUAGGCUUUUUCAGAUUCCAUAGGGGUUUGAAAAAUAUUCUGUAAUGACAAACCAUACCUUUGGGCUCCUCAUUCUAUUCAUUACCAAAUAUAGUCUUCAUCUCCCUGUUAUUUUUAUGUUAACCAGUGUGUAAGGUUUUAUUCUUGAUUCCAUACUCUUUACAUGCCUUAUUUAGAAAUAAUGUAAAAAGUUUGAUGUGUUAACACAACACUUUGUGAUGUAAUUGGUAAGGAUGAGGGUAUGACUUGAGUAAAAAACACCUACUAAAACCUAAGUGCUGCAGGAACUAUGUUGUUGGAUAUCUAGGGAUAGUAGGCCACUCAUCAGUACUUGCUGUGUUGAUUAUCACACAGAUGUCUCCGGGUGUUGUCAUAUUUAGCCCAUUGCCACUGGGGAUGGCAUGUACAUAUAAGCCAUGUUCAUUAUGAUUUUAGGUUAUUGUACAUGUUUACACAUAGAUGGAUCCACAAGGGCUUAGUCACCAAGAAGUAAAUUACUAGCCGUACCUAUCUCACCCAUUUUCUCUUUUUCUAGAUUUUCAGAAAUAUUUAAGAUUUUUAAAAACUGCUUUUAGCAUUUUGAUGACAUUAUAAUAAUCAUAAAAUCAGUAAUAAUAGUAUUGAUAACAAUGGGAUUAGAAAAAAACAAUUUUCCCAAAAAAACAA